AUCGUUCACGCGUGCAACCGACGGAAGACGAGACACGGCUCGAGAGUUCUGCGGCGACGAUGGCAGCAAACACCCAGAGCUCCCGCUGGACUACCCGUGAUGUGCUCGCUGCUGCCUACAUCGUUACUUGCAUAUUCUUCGUCUGGUUAAUGUCGCUGUUGAACCUGCUUUUUCUCAAGCACUUCCCGGAUCGGGCCUAUGCAUACAAGGCAUCUGAGCACGAUGUCGGCCCGUUUGGCGACCACUUCUUUCGAAGAGAGGAGCUCAGCUACUAUGGACCGAGAUGGAUGUGGUUUGCUCCGCAUGUCUUUUCCGCCAUCGUCUGGUGGAAUCUGAGCUGGCUGCAACUCAUGAAGUCCAUCCGCGCCAAGCAUUUGUGGAUCCACCGAUGGAACGGCCGAGUGCAGGUGACGGCCAUGCUGGGGCAGAUCAUCACAGGGACUGCUUUGGCCUGCAAGUCCCCCACGCCGGGCAUCCGGAUGUUGGCAAUCGCCUAUGGGAUCGCGAUGGCUUAUGUCCUUGGGCAGACGGUGUACCACAUCAUGCGAAAGGACAUUGUGCGCCACAAAUAUUGGGCGACCAAGCUGUUUGGCUACGCGCAGGCCAUUGCCUUACAACGGGUCUACCUUUUUGCCUUCUUUGUCUUAACGAUGAAUGGCAUGUCGCUCUACACACCGCCGGAUCAGCUCACGUCGCAAGCGGAAAAGGAUGAUGAAACCCUGUGGAUCUGCCGCUUCAGGAAGACUUUGUAUAUAUUUUUUCAGGUGACUCUCCACCACUUCGACUUCUUCCAAAUGGAACUGGGAAUGACUGUAGUUCGUUCUUCCAUCAUUUGUUUGGCUGCAAGUAGUUAGUGGCUGAAUCACCCCACAAAAGAACUGGUCGUUGGUGGAUGAAGAGCCUAAAACUGCUGGUCGUGGCCUGGUCACCUGGCGGGCCGCAGGUGUGGCUCAUUGUCUCUUUCGGUGAGCAAUAUAGCAUGUUGCCAAAGUCAGCUCAUCUUCAACGACUCCUUCACCAUGUGCAUUUUUUCUGCAAUCGUCCUCUGCGAGUGGUACCAAGCUGCCGACCACAACGACUUGCUGGAGUACAGAGUGAAAGAGGCCAAGGCGAAUGGGCCGAAGAUGCUGACUCAGCCCUUGAUGACCUGAGCGUCUGAGAGUCCAACGGGCAACUCGUGAAGCUCCAUGGACUUAGCUGAAGAAGAGAUCUCGCUGGUUGAGGUCCCCGCAUUAAGUUUCCAUUAAAAGUUUGGAACCGAAUUGAUUAGUGCGAGCGCUUCUUCAAAGAAGAAGCAUGAACUAUCCUGCGUCAAGUAGGUCGUCUUACGGCCUACCCUCCCUGGGCUUUGAAGAUUAAGAACGAUCAUUUUCGUGAAUACAGCGAGCAUGAGAUCCGAUCGGGUUCAGGGCCCGCCCUACUUUUGGCCAACAGCGUCUCUGUGUUAUGUAGUAGCCUUCGUCUUGGAAUUAGACCAUUCUCUGAGGACUGAUAGUCAUCAAGUCUGCACUGCCACAUAUUGUUUCACCAAGAGCACAGGUGUUGUCUCCUCACAGCGUGGUAGAAAGGAAUUUGCCGGUUAGUUAGACAUGUUUGUUGGCUGCGUGGCCACAAUUCUUCAGACCUUUCCAGGAUCAACUCUCUAGCUGCAUAUUUUUCUCAUUUGAUAUUUGUACAGUUCUAUAUCAAUGAGAGAGGGUGAGUUAGAGAACAAAUACAUAACCAUACGGUAUAUAUUCAAAAGAGACGGUAGGCUUGGAUUAUAUAGGUGUAGACAGGUUUCAAGCUUUCAAAAUCACAAAGCUUGCGCCACUGGCGUCGGAUUUGCCAAAGGUUCGCGAAUCCGUUUUCUGGCCAAAGUAGACUCUCGAAGCUUGAUGGGAGGCACAAGUC